ACAUAACCAUAAAUUUCAAUAAAACAUACCUUGAUAAAAAACCAAUUAAAUAUUAAAUACUGAACCAAACAUGCAUAUUAAAAACUGAACAGAUAACAGGUUCAUUUUAAAUUCCGCAUAUUUAUAGAAACACAUAUCUCGCAGACAUUGUAGGUCAUUAGGUCAUUAAACAAUUAUCAUAAAAAGAAAAGUGUUUUUACAUACCUUUUGUGCCAUUCAAAUAAGAACUUGCGAUGAAGAUAGUAACGUGCGUCGCUCCCGUAAAUAUUGCGGUGAUCAAGUAUUGGGGCAAACGGAAUGAGGAACUGAUACUGCCCAUUAAUGACUCACUCAGUGCCACAUUAAAUACCGAUUUUAUGAGUGCAAAAACUACGAUUCUGGCGAGUCCGGAAUUGAAGGAGAACAAAUUCUGGUUGAACGGUAAAGAGGAAUCAUUUGAUAAUCCCAGAUUGGCUAAUUGUUUGAAGGAUAUUAGAGAGAGGGCCAAGGAAGUUUCUCCUGAGUUGCUGACUUGGAACAUUGCCAUAUGCUCUGAGAAUAACUUUCCAACUGCAGCAGGACUGGCAUCUUCAGCAGCUGGUUACGCAUGUCUGGUGGCUGCUUUGGCAAAGUUAUACAACAUACAAGGGGACAUUUCAAGCAUUGCAAGAAGAGGAUCUGGUAGUGCUUGCAGGAGUGUAUAUGGUGGUUUUGUUAGAUGGCACAAAGGCGAAUUAAAAAAUGGAGAAGACUCGAUAGCAGAACAGUUGGUUCCGGCCUCGCACUGGCCUGAAAUGCGCAUCCUUAUUCUGGUCGUAAACGACAAAAAGAAAAAAGAUCCGUCUACCCUAGGCAUGAAACGAGGAGUGGAAACCUCCAAUCUUUUAAAAUACCGUGCGGACCACAUUGUUCCAAAACGAAUAGAGGAGAUAAGCCGUGCAAUUGUAGCAAAGGAUUUCCACACAUUUGCACGCUUGACUAUGCAAGACUCGAAUCAGUUUCACGCCACGUGUCUGGACACUUAUCCGCCUUGCGUGUACAUGAACGAUGUGUCGCAUGCGAUUGCCGAAGUCGUCCACAAGUAUAAUGAGUAUUACAAAGUUAAUAAAGUGGCUUACACUUUUGAUGCAGGUCCAAAUGCCUGCUUGUAUCUUUUAGAGGAGAAUGUUGAGGAGUUUCUUUCAGUUGUUAAUUAUGUGUUUCCGCCUCCAGACGUAGACCAAGUUGAAUAUCUCACCGGGUUGCCAAUCAAUCCCACAAAGAUAAAUAAUGGGCUAGUACAGUCAUUAAAUGUGGCCCAAAAUAAACCAGGAGUUUUAAAGUACAUAAUCCACACAAACGUGGGCGAAGGGCCGAAAACUGUUGACGACCAUUUGUUGAACGGUGCUGGUGUCCCGUUAAAAUAGCAUACGGGGAAAGGUCUUCUCUCGAAGUAUUGGCAUGUCGUCGAGAGGAGUUGGGAAAGGGUGGUUUGGUUCAAAUCACAUGCUGUUAAUUGGAAAUUAGACUUGAAUAAAUAAAUUUAUAUAUUUUUCUAUCUGGUGUGCACAACUGUGACAAUAAGCGUUGAAUAAUCGAAUUGUUCACAAAGUACUAAUAAUAAUUUUUGUAAGAUAUAUAUUAUUCUAUUAAUAAAAUAUUUAUAUUUUCUGCA